ACAAUUCCCACCACCCCAGAAGUAGUCCUGCAUGCCUUUUCUCCGCCAAUCCCCAUCGGCCAUCUCUCUCUCUCUUUGAGAGAGUUUCUUUUGUCAAGAAUGUCAAGCAAGAAGGGCAGGGUGACGGUCCACUCAAAGCUAACCGUAGUACCCAGCAAACAGAUCCGGCCGGGCACGACCCAUCCAUUAUCCACACUGGAUCAUGCCAUGGGGCUCCACACACUCCACAUUAUCUUCUACUACAGGGAAAACCUGUUCCACUCCUUUGACUUGGACCCGUUGAGGGAGUCCCUGUCCGAGGUCAUUUCUCUGUAUCCGCCGGUUACGGGAAGGUUGACCCGAGUGGAUAACGGUAAUUGGGAAGUGAAGUGCAAUGAUGCCGGAGUUCGGGUCAUACGUGCCAGAGUGGAGGUCACCCUUGAUGAGUGGCUCAGAUCUGCUGAUGGGUCGGAGGAGAGGGAUCUAACGAUGUUGGAGGAGAUGCCCCACAAUCCUAAUAUGUGGUCACCCUUCCAAAUCCAGAUAAAUGAGUUUGAAGGAGGUGGUGUAGCAAUUGGACUAAGUUGCUCACACAUGCAUGCAGACACAACCAGUGCAACCCUACUCUUCAAAUCAUGGACCGAGAAUCGUCGGAAAAAACCCAUCGAGCACCCACCUUUCUUCAACCCACAACAAGCACUCUGUGGCCGACCAAUUCCAAACACACACACAAAAUCACUUAAAUAUCAUGCAACCAUGUCCAAAGCAAGUGUUACUACCUCCACAGCCACCUUUAAAUUUUCCAAUUCAGUGAUCCAGCAAUGCCUCACUGAAGUCCAUGAAGAUUGCCCUAAUGCCACUCCUUUUGAUUUGCUAGCUGCACUCUUUUGGGCACGUGUCGCACGAUUGAAGGGCCCUAAAAAUGACUCAGAACACUCCCUCUCAAUUUGUAUCGACUUCAGGAUGCAGUUGCAACUGCCGUUCGGGUAUUUUGGCAAUGCAUUGCAUUUUUCAGUACUAUCAUUGAAGGGAGGAGAGAUUGGCCGGGCAACGUUAGGACAAGUGGUGAAGUUGGUGCACGGCCACGUAUUGGGCAUCGAGGAGGAGGAAUUUUGGACAACUAUAGAUUGGUUUGAAUCACAAAAGGGAGAGGGGGGAAAGUUUGCACAACCCUUUAGGAUGUAUGGCCCUGAACUCACAUGUAUUAGCUUGGAGCACAUGGCUGUUCCUAGCGGGGUGGCAGGGUGCCCCGCUACGUCGUCGUUGAUAUAUGCGUCGGCGUUCGACAAGAACAAUAAGCCGGUUCAUGUGUCAUAUAACGUGGGGAAUGUGGAGGGAGAAGGGUUGAUUGUGGUAAUGCCUUCAAGUGAAGAAGGGCUUUCAAGGACGGUGAUGGUGACUUUGCCUGAGAAGGAAUUGGCUGAGCUAUGCGAGGACCAAGCUAUCAUGCGCCUAGAACCAACAAUGCUACUAAGUGGGAAAAGUUAGUUCCUCUGUUUUUCUAGUUUUCAUCUAAGGAUAUGUUCAUUUGCCUAUGCUUUGGCCAAAAUUUAGAAAAGCAAAAAAAAAAAUCUUAU